CUCGCAGCACAGCACCAUGACAAGCAACAAGCAUGAAGGUCUGAAGCUGAAGCGGGAGGUAGGGUUAAUUAGUGCGAUCUCUCUGGUCGCAGGCACUAUGAUAGGAUCGGGGAUCUUCAUGUCCCCUCAGUUUGUGAUGUCCAACAUUGGAAGCCCUGGAGCAAGCAUGAUCAUCUGGGCUGUGUGUGGCCUGGUGACUCUAUGUGUUGCGCUCACUUAUGCAGAGCUCGGUACCAUGUUCAGAGAGUCUGGAGGUGAAUUCAUCUACGUCCUGAGAAUCUACGGACCCUUACCUGCAUUCUUUGUGGCAUAUACGUUCACAAUUGUGGUGAAACCAGCAAGUAUUACAGCUGUAGCCUUGAGUUUAGCUCAGUAUGCUGUGGCUCCUUUUUAUCCAGGCUGCAUGCCACCUACAUUGGUGGUGAAAUGUUUAGCAGCAGCGUGCAUUUUAGUGGUGGCGACCAUCAAUAUGCUGAAUGUUCGCUUUGCCAUGACCAUUCAGGUUAUCUUCCUAGUGGCUAAAGUGGCGGGGUUGAUGGUGAUUGUUAUUGGUGGGAUCUUUACCAUGGCCCAAAAUGGCCUGGAAACCCUUGGAAAUCCAGACAUUGCCUUUGAGGGUACAACUUGGGGGAUCGGUACCAUUGGAAUGGCUUUGUAUCAGGGACUCUGGUCUUUUGCUGGAUGGGCUAAUUUAAACUUUGUUCUUGAAGAGGUGAAAAACCCAGAGGUAAAUCUCCCACGAGCAUUAAUGAUUGCCAUCCCAAUGGUAACGAUCGUCUACCUGCUGGUCAAUAUCAGUUAUUUGGCUGUAAUGACUCCUAGAGAGAUGAUGACGUCGAGUGCUGUAGCCGUUACAUGGGGCAAUAAGGUGCUGGGCAGCUGGGGAUGGGUGAUGUCUAUUGCAGCCGCAUUAUCUUCUUUUGGCACGCUGAACGGUUCGUUCUUCAGUGGAGGACGAAUUUGCUUUGUAGCUGCACGAGAGGGUCACAUGCCUAGCAUCCUGUCUAUGGCCCAUGUGUGUCGCCUCACACCCUCUCCAGCUCUUACGUUUACCAGCAUCAUUACCUUCAUUGUGCUCAUUCCUGGAGACUUCCAGGGAAUAAUCAACUUCUUUAGCUUUACAUCCUGGUUCUUCUAUGGAGUUACAAUAUCUGGACUACUCUAUCUAAAAAUCAAAAGGUCUGACCUUCCAAGUACAUACAAGGUUCCAAUUUUUAUCCCCAUCCUGGUAAUUCUGGUGGCUUUGUUUCUGGUUUUAGCUCCUAUUAUUGACGAUCCUCAGCUCGAGUACCUAUAUGUCACCCUCUUCAUCCUAAGUGGAGCUUUAAUUUAUUUUCCGUUCAUUCACUUCAGACUGUGUCCACACCUGCUGGACAAACUCACAGUGUUCCUGCAGCUCUUCCUGGAGGUGGCGCCAGCUAACAAAAAUGUAUAAAACCCCACAUCAGACUGACAGGCAGACUUUUUAGCCUCUUGUGCU